AGAACCAAAAGAAAGGUUUUUGAAGUACAAAAAAGGAGCAUCGAUUCUUAUUGCGGUCAUCAAUAUAGUCUUGCUCGCUUCUGAACUCUAAGAAGCUAUAUUCAGCCACUACCUUCUAUUCAAAUCGAAUUAGAAUGAAAAAGAUUCAUUCAACAACUUUCACAACAGUGGGAAUCUGACUUCUUGUACAUGUGGAUUAAAACAAUCACAAGAAAGCUAGCUUCACUAUAGCAAGAACCAAUUGAAGUGUUUUGAAGUACAGGAAAACAACGUCAUUUCUCAUUACACUCACCAAGAUAGUCUUGCUCAUUCUUGAACUCCGCAAGUUCAGCCACAACCCUCUAGGUCAAAGCGAUUUAGGCAUAAACAGAUAUAUUCAGUAACUUUCUCAACAAUUAGAAUCUGACCUCCUGUGCCUGAACCUCUUGUGCCUGUAUUGAAUCAAAGCAAAAAUGGCAAAGUUGGUUGGGCAUGUAGGAACGGGUCUUGGUUUCUUGUUAAUAGGUAUUUGGCACUUAUUCAACCAUAUUAGACUACAUGCUUUGCAUCCAAAUGGCUACACUUCUUUACUAUGGUUCCCAACUCCAAAAAUUAGGCAUUUAGAACUUCUUUUGAUUAUGUGUGGAACCUUAAUUUUUUUAUUUAUGGAACUUUUUAAUAAUCACCAUCUUCUAAAUUCAAAUGGAACAAUCCCUUCUAACCAUCUUCACUAUCUUGAACAUUCAUGUAUCUCUUUAUCUUUAUUUAUUUAUGCAUUUUUCUCCAUGUUAAUUGACAAAUUUACCCCUUCAAUCCAAGCCCAAAAUGGACUUACAAAUUUUCUUGCGUCAAUUGCUUUCGGCCAAGAACUUCUUCUAUUUCAUCUUCACUCAGCUGACCAUAAUGGUGUUGAAGGACAAUACCAUUGGCUUCUACAAAUAGUCAUUUUUUUGUCUUUAUUCACUACCCUUUUGGGAAUUCCAUUUCCUAAUAAUUUCCUGAAUAAUUUUGUGAGAUCUUAUAGUAUUAUGUUUCAAGGAAUUUGGCUUAUGGUUAUGGGUGUAAUGCUUUGGACACCAAAAUUUAUCCCUAAAGGCUGUUUUAUGAAUUUGGAAGAAGGAUAUCAAGUUGUUAGAUGCCAUGGACAUGAAGCACUUAAAAAAGCAAAAUCAUUAGUGAAUAUAGAAUUUAGUUGGUAUAUAAUUGGAACCACUUCUUUAGUUGUCUCUCUUUACUUUGUUGGUUUCAAGAUUUUCACAAAAAAUGUCGAGUAUCAAUCCUUAAAAAAUAAUUUUGAGGAUCAAGAAGAGGACUUAGAGGAUAUUGUUGAAACUCAGAAGAGACCAAGUGAAAUGAAGAAGUUUGUUGAAAUGGGGAAAGUGUUUGCUACAUAAUUGACAAGAUUAUUAUAGGCAAGAAAUGAAGAGUUAAUUGUAAAAGUAAAGCAUGGGAAUGCACAAAAAGGGAAAAAAUUGUUUGGUGGUUGGUUAUAAAUAUGUACUUAUAUAUUUGUUUCUAAUUGUGUCUAGAAAAUAAAGUUUUCUCGCUUGUAUAGAGGGUGUAAUUAUAUAUUUAUGGCUUUUAAUUAGGGAGAAGGAGAAAAUUAUGUAAAUAUGUAUGUUACACACACACAAA